AUGGUAGUUGCUUUAACAACUGGAGGACUUCUGCUCUCUUUUAAGAGGGACGAAAGUAAUCAGGAACAGAUGCCGCCACCAAGGAAAAGAAGACGUCGCGAACCUGCACGCAAAAUUGACGAAGUGACAUCUUUUACUGAAGAGGAGGUCCAAGCCUGGGCAAACGAUUUCGAAGCACUGUUGAAGAAACGUCGCCAGCGGAAAAAGAAAACUGGGCCCAUUCCUGAUGAACUUGCCACUCCUCUCAUGAUGGCGCCGGGCUCUAUGCUUUCGAAAUUGCAAAAAGCUGCGCAGAAAAUCAAUGGGAGAAUCGACGAGAGCACAGAAGCUGAACCAGUGCACCCUCCAACACCAACACGGCGCCCGCUUCAACCCGUGCAAGAUGCGCUGGGAUCGCCAGCAGCUGGUGUUGGGACACCGAUCGGCCGAUCAAGCAGCGAGGAACGAAUCGAGCAAGUUCGACGGGCCACCACUUCAAGCUCGCGUUUAGUUAGCACAGUGAGUUUUCCAGAUGUUCGGAUUAUUUGUUUGUACUAA